GGCGCGUCGCGAAGGUGUACCCUGGCAGCGACGGCGUCACGAGAGUCGCGGAGCUGAAGACGAAGAGAGGGACGAUUCGGCGCGGCUUCAACAACAUCUGCCCACUUCCUCUUUGAAGUACCCUUCAACCCGGGGAGCAUGUCUAUACAAGACAUCGCUGCCGCCUGCCGCCGGCUGGGGGCGCUGGACUCGCCGGCUGCGCACCAAAGCUGCGCACUUACCAAUUGGUAUCACGGCGGCUUGUCGGCGUCGCUGCGCACCAAAGCUGCGCACAAGGCAGUUUUACUAAGACGGCUUGCCGGCGUCGCUGCGCAGAAAUCUGCGCACUUCUCUUUCUAUCCACGGCGGUGACGCAGCAAUUUUAUAUAGUUUCUUUUAUAAUUUAUAAUUAAUACAGUUUUAUUUGCUCUACACUUAUUUCGAGUUUUAUUCGACGCUAUCGAAGAAUACACUAACAUUUUGGUCCUUCGCAAGAACAACUGCAACACAGCGAGAAGAUUUUUGUGUGUUAAGAAACAUCCACGCGUGCGAGACGUCGGUGGAUUCCCGCGUCGCAAUCUGCAGCGUGAGAAAAUAGCAGUGUCAUCGUCGCCUACGGUUGAAGAUUUGAAGUCGCAUUCAGGACUUUGCGGAUAACGGAUUCGGAUAUUAGUGAGCUCGUUCCAAUUAUUCCUUGAUAACCGUUGUUCCAGUCCUCCUUUCUAUACACGUUAUAAGUAUAACGCUGUUUUUCCUUUUAAUAGUUCCUAUUCAUUGCCCUAUUGAUUAGGUUAACUAGCUAUUUUCACUCGUAUUCGCUUGAAAUACAGUGUUUGUUAUGUUGCAUGAGCACAAAGCGUGAUUAUUCGCGUCGAGUUAUUUACAAGUAACGAAUUUAAGUGCAUGUUUAUUCCUGCUUCUAUUGCUUAGUGCAUCGCGUUAUAAUAAUUCGUGAUAGCACAGUGACAUAAUUUUAUUAAUCGUUACUUAUAUUUUUGAUGGCUAAAUUUUCUACUUAGUGAUUUCUUUUAACACCAUAAUGGCCGACAAGUUAGUGAAAAGACGCAGCUCAAUGAAGGCCAAGCUAACGACCUUUAGUGCUUAUUUGAAUGUGCUUAAGAGCUGUGACAAUCUUUCAAACUUGCAAAUAAUCGAAUUGGAAACCCGCUUCGACAAAUUUAACGCCUUAUACACAGAAUUUGAUGAAUUACAGACGGAGAUUGAAGUUUCUUCGGACAAGCCGGACGAGGCAUACGCGACGAGAGACCAGUUUGAGCAGCAGUACUACUCGCUGGUAGCCUUGGCGCGGAGUUUGCUGCCCGGGACGGAUGGCAAAUCUCAGCAUCGCGAUUCCACAGGUUCUGAGGCAACAGUAUUAGGUGGGACUAAAACCAAUUUUGUAAGGUUACCUAGAAUUGAUUUACCACACUUUGAUGGCAGUUAUCAGAAUUGGCUCGAGUAUAGGGACACCUUUAUUUCUUUAAUUCAUGACAGUAGUUGCAUAGAUAAUAUAAACAAGUUUCAUUACUUACGAGCUUCGUUAAAGGGCAAGGCAGCCGAAGUAAUAAAAAACAUUGACUUUAAAGCAGACCAUUAUAAGUUAGCAUGGGAUCUGCUGUGUGAGAGGUACGACAACAGUCGUCUUCUCAUUGAUAAACACCUCCAGGCUUUGUUUGAAGUUGCACCAGUCACUAGUGAAUCGAGCGUUGUCUUGCGACGUCUUAUAGAUACUACCAGUAAAAACAUUAGAGCACUCAAAAGCCUGAACGAACCCACAGAGCAUUGGGAUACUAUUAUUAUAUACAUGAUGUCAGUGAAAUUAGAUGCAACCACUAGUAGAUAUUGGGAAGAGUAUCGUAAUACUUUAUCAGGUAAACCUACACUCGCUCAGUUUACUACAUUUAUAAAUAAUAAAGCUGAUCUUUUGGAAACAUUAGAAGAUAAUAAUAAACAUAUAAACAACAAUAAUAAACAAAAAAGUUAUGCGAUAGUUUCACACGGUUCAAAUAAAAAUAACAAUACUAGUAUAAAUAAAAAUAUUACUAAUAUAAAUAAAAAUAAAAUUACAUGCCCAAUGUGUUCCCGCGAUCAUUUACUCUACAUGUGCGACUCUUUCAAAAAAUUGACAAUAGAGGAACGUAAGCAAAAGGCCAACGACCUCAAAGUAUGUACUAAUUGUUUAAGAUUGGGUCACGAUGAAAAAAGGUGUAGAAUGACGCGCUGUAAGUACUGUUCAGCUAAGCAUAACACCCUAUUGCACAUGGAAAGAACAGAACCCGCUCCCAUACAAAAUCCAAUGCCCAGUACGUCAGAAAGUAUUGCUCUUUCUGCUAACUCUGCGGCUAACAUAGAACCAUGUACUCGCUCGUUUGUUUUACUUUCCACAGCAAUGGUGACAGCGGUGAGUGGCAGUGGUGAGCGGUGUGAGGCCCGUAUUCUGCUGGAUAAUGGGAGCACAGCCAACUUCAUCACAGACAAAUUAUGUAACAAGCUGCGUUUGUCUAAAGAUGACACGAGGUCCACGAUAACGGGUGUAGGCAACCAAACUAGCACUAGCGCGCAAAGCUGCAACCUCACAAUCGAAUCCAUUAAUGGUGACUAUUCGGUCACUGAUGCCAGCAUCAGUCGUCUGGAACGCUAUCAACGUGUGGAAUGUAUCAAACAACACUUUUGGAAGAGAUUUAAUAUUGAAUACAUCUCCAGCUUACAGCAGAAAACAAAAUGGCCUGCUUCCACGAAUGGCGACAUAGCGUUGGGAUCGCUUGUCCUGAUUAAGGAUAAGGCACUGCCGCCGCUCUGCUGGUCGCUGGGGCGCGUCGCGAAGGUGUACCCUGGCAGCGACGGCGUCACGAGAGUCGCGGAGCUGAAGACGAAGAGAGGGACGAUUCGGCGCGGCUUCAACAACAUCUGCCCACUUCCUCUUUGAAGUACCCUUCAACCCGGGGAGCAUGUCUAUACAAGACAUCGCUGCCGCCUGCCGCCGGCUGGGGGCGCUGGACUCGCCGGCUGCGCACCAAAGCUGCGCACUUACCAAUUGGUAUCACGGCGGCUUGUCGGCGUCGCUGCGCACCAAAGCUGCGCACAAGGCAGUUUUACUAAGACGGCUUGCCGGCGUCGCUGCGCAGAAAUCUGCGCACUUCUCUUUCUAUCCACGGCGGUGACGCAGCAAUUUUAUAUAGUUUCUUUUAUAAUUUAUAAUUAAUACAGUUUUAUUUGCUCUACACUUA